UUUUCAUAACCUAAAAUGUCGGAAACCUCACAUCCAUCUCGCGAUCCAAAAAAUCUCAGCGAACCAUUCGCAGUCAUCGAAUUUCUCGAGAAAAACGAAAAAGGGCUACCAUGCAUUGAUUUGGUGCCGAAAAAAUGGUUUAAUAGUGCAGAAGAAGACACCUGUAAAUUCCCACCGACAACUGAAUAUCAUCUACUUGACGACUACUUGGAAAAAUUGCACUCGCCCAAGGACUCUUGGCAAAGUUAUCCAUUUUGCUUCAUCACCGGAGCAGCUGAUUUGGAUCAGGGUCGCAGAAGAUUAAAAAAGGCCCAAGUAACUCUCAACUGUGAGACAACCGAUGGUGAAAAUGAUCGAAAGGGGGGGAGGUCCGAAACUUCCUCGAAAGCAAAAAUUUCAGCAAAACCCUUAACUGCAUCAAAGUCUCAACUAAACAACAUCUUUAGUACUAAAAUCCCGAUUCCACCUAGAAAUCAAACUCCAAAGUCUGGUAUACAAGCAAAACCAAAGACAAGAUUUCAAAGCAUUUACCAGAGUGGAUCUGACUCUGAAGACGAAAAUCAUGAUUGUCUUAUAGCUAAUCCUGAGGAGAUUCGAGCCUCAAAGGCUCAAAAUAAUUCUGGCUUUUUGCAAAUGUCGAGUAAAUCGCGAUCUGUACCAACAGGUGCAUGUUUAUCAUUUAAACAGCGGUCAAGGAAGAAUAUUACUUUGCUUAAAGACGUCGAAACUGAUGAAUCUGAGAGCAAUGAUUCCUCCGAUGGAAUUCUGCAGUCACCUACAAAAUCGAUGGACUCAGCGAGAAAUACAAGAAAAGAACUUCAUUUGACACCUCCUUCACCACUAGUCCAUAACGCUUCAGGUAACCGAAAAAGGCGUGCAUCGUCUACUACACGCGCUGAAGACGGAUUGAAUUCGAUUGUGAGCCCAGGAACUCCAAAAACUUCACGAUCAAUGAUGGUACACCCUGCUAAGAUGCCAAAAAUGCUGGGACCACAAAACCAGUUGUCAUCUAGUCAUUAUGCUGAUAAUGAACGUCGAAUCCUGAACUCCCUUCGAGAUUACUUUGAUCAGCAAUUAGAUGAAAAGCUCGAAAAUUUAAGACGCAGGAUGGCUUACGAUUUAAAGCAGUCUAUGAAUGAGCUCAAGACCACAAUCAUUGGCACUAAUCUAGCCCCAGCUUCUGGUCCUAGCUUGCUUGAAAUACAGAAGCAGAUGUCUACGCCACUACCAUUUGAAAUGGAUGAUAAGUUCCAGGAAUACGAAGCGAUAUUGACAACGGACCCAAAUCUCGUAGAAACACUGCGAUUAUUCAUGAGAGUUUUGAUAAGCAAUAAAAAAGAGAUGAAAAUAUGUGUUUCCACUAUCCUAUCUGCGGUUCUGAGGAAGACAGUGUCACUGCACUAUUCUGGUUACGGAAAGGAAGCUGGCGGAAAGAAAAAGAAAAAUUUUUAUAACACUACAGUAUGCAAAGUGCUGAUUGAUGUGAUAAUUGAGGUAAUAGGAUCCAGCACUGAUGAGAAGAAGAUAAUGUCAGAAGUAAGUACUUGGUUGUCACGUUCUGGCGAUCGAGAGGGUGGGGGUAAGGAACGACAACGCGGGUCAAGUCAUCAUAACGAGAAUAAUUCAGUUUGUUCCUUUGAUACCAAUCGAUAAUACUUCAUUUUUCCGGGAUAAAUGGAAUUGUAAAAUCACUGUGUUAAUAUGACUCCAUUAAUUCAUUUUCGUAAUUGUAUUAGUUGUGAUAUUCUUGAUAAAAGGUACGAUUAAUAGGAAAAGUUUAUAUUAUCAAUAUAUUUUUAUCGCGAGGCGUUUCAUUGGGCAGAAUAUAUAUUAAUAUAUGAAUAUUGUUUAGUAUUCGGCUGUCAUUGAAGUAUUAAUUAUAUUUAUUAUAUUUCUCCUGGCGAGGUCGGAAAUCCAGAAGAUGGAAAUAACAAUUGGAAAAUGUGAUGUAUCUUAGCAUAAUAAAGUAUUUUCUAUGUCAUUUCCUCAUAAGUUAGAUCACGGGAAUAAAUAUCCGUUGUUGGUUCAGGGAUUAAAUAUUAUGUCCAAAAGUUUAAAGGGAAAAAUAAUAAGUGGAUUUUUAAUUUUUAAGAAAAAUUCUAAUGAAAGUAAUUUCAGCCAUUGAGAGCUGUUUUCAGUAUUUGGUGAUUCAAGUCAAAUAAUAUUUAUAAGGUUGAAGUUUCACAAUCGGACUGCGUCCAUA